GCUAUUUUAGCUAUUAUCACGCUUUUCCUGCUGGGGAAAAAUUGUAUACCGUAUAUAAGAAUGGCAGAACCACGGUUCAAUAAUCCAUACUUCUGGCCACCACCCCCUUCAAUGCCAGGCCAGCUGGAUAACCUGGUUCUUAUCAACAAGAUCAAAGAGCAGCUGAUGGCAGAAAAGAUCAGACCUCCGCAUUUGCCACCCACCACUGUUCCCUCUCAGCAGACCCUGCUGGUGGCCUCCCCCCCCUCGGACGCUGGUCAGCAUGUGAUGUCCAUUCCCAAACUGCAGCAGGUGCCGGGGUUACAGGCCCAUAACUCCUCCCAGCCUGACAUAGCACUGCACGCGCGUCCUGCCUCUAGCACCGCAUCAGAAUUGAGUAUGGAUGAUAAGUCAGCAGUAAAGGCUAAAGGAUUAUGGGAGGACUGGCAUAUGCGUCAAGCUGUAGACCAAGCAUCUAGAGUGAACCAUCGCUCAGGUCUAGCGCUUUCAUCUCGCACGGACAGCCACAACACCUCAGAGGCAAUCACACCCACUACACCCACCUCUAGCAGUCAAAACCGUUUGGGUGGAGCCCCGUCGUUGAAUGUCAUUUCGGGACUGGCCAGUGGCCCAGGCAUGGAGCAGGUCAAGAGCGGAGGCCUGGCAGGGAUGCUAGGGACACAACCCAAGGGACCACGUGGCCGCAAGAAGAUCAAAGCAGAGAACACCUCAGGCCCUCUGCUCGUAGUGCCCUAUCCCAUCCUGGCCUCAGGCACUGACCAGGCCUCUGUCACCAUUACUGCCAAAGAGGGAAAAACCUACAGGUGUAAGGUGUGCCCUCUCACGUUCUUCAACAAGUCAGAGAUGCAGAUUCAUUCAAAGUCUCAUACGGAGGCCAAACCACAUAAAUGUCCUCAUUGCUCCAAGUCAUUUGCAAAUGCGUCAUAUUUGGCCCAACACCUACGUAUCCACCUAGGAAUUAAGCCUUACCACUGCUCUUACUGUGAGAAUUCUUUCCGUCAACUUUCUCACUUGCAGCAGCACACAAGGAUUCACACUGGUGACAGACCAUAUAAGUGUGCCCAUCCUGGCUGUGAGAAGGCAUUCACACAGCUGUCUAAUCUGCAGUCUCACCAAAGGCAACACAAUAAAGACAAGCCCUACAAAUGCCCAAACUGCUACCGUGCCUACUCGGACUCUGCCUCAUUGCAAAUCCACCUUUCAGCGCAUGCUGUCAAAAACGCUAAAGCUUAUUGCUGCAGUAUGUGCGGCCGUGCAUACACCUCAGAGACCUACCUUAUGAAGCACAUGUCUAAACAUACAGUUGUUGAGCAUCUUGUGAGCCACCAUUCACCCCAGAGAACAGAAUCACCCAGCAUCCCCAUACGGAUCUCCCUCAUUUGA